UGAUCUAAUGGAUGCUGAGCUGGCUGCAUUGUUUAUGAACUUCAGGGGAACUUCUAGCUCUAUUUGCUGUGCCUUGCAAAUCGCCUGUCACUAGAUGCUCCACCUAUCUAUUCAUCCAAUCCUAUUUAUAGACCCAUUACCCACAGUCCCACACUAGAGUCUAGAUACUCCAAAAAUUAUGUUCUUUGCCCUAUCAUUGAUAUCUUUGCUGGUGUAUUCAGUGUCUGCCUCCUGCCAAUGUGGAGGGAAUCCUUUGCCUACUGAUUUCUCAUCACACUCAGUUAAUGAGAAUAUAAAGUCUGUCCUUAAAGGCAUUAAAGGAAAAAAUGUUGGACAGUGCCAUUUAGGUGACGUUAACAGCAACUACAAUCCAAGUUUAGAUCAGUCCAUAUUAUUUUCUCAAGGCAGUGGUUAUCAAAUGUAUCGUAUCUUUCAACCCAAGUAUUACCUUAAUGAGUGCUAUGAUAACAAUCUAUUCUGUGCAUACAAUGUACAGUGUUCCUCUGACCAGUACCUCUAUUACCACUUCUCAGAACAUGAUAUUGAGAAUCCAACAGCCUCUGGCACAUGUCUUGACUAUAUAAAUAUCAGACGUCAUGGGUCUCCAAAUCAGAAUCUCAAAACCUGUGGGCGUGUAACACAAAGUGGCUAUGAUAUUGAUAGUUUGCAAGUCAAUUUCCGCUCAAACGGAGGAUGCUCAGCGACUGGUUACCUCUUAUGGGUUUGCUGUACAGACAAUAAUUCAACUAGUUCGGACGUUGGGAAGAGACAGACCACAAGCGAAAAUGUCAUAACUGUCCCGUUCAAAGGUACUUUAGAGUAUAAUAGGAAUACACUGACUGUGAGGGAUCGCAAUAAAAAAACACUUCGUUCUGUGUCUAACGUAUUGUCACUUAGAGUGAGAUAUGAAGGCAGUAAAAAUGAGUCCACCUACACUACCUCUGCACCAGUAACACUCAAUGGAGAAGGUCAAUUGAAUGUGGAGUACUCGUGUCGUGUGGUAGGAUAUAGGAGACAGUGUUCUACUUCUGCCUAUUACAGUUAUACUGGUGUCCCUCAUAAGUUACGAUUGACUCUUACUGAACAAAAUGGAGUUCAUAUGCUCCUGUCAGGAUGUGUGAGGAAAUUUCAAGGGAAAGGAGACUAUUCCUAUAUAUAUAAUGGGAAACGUAUCACUGGGCCACUACCAGCUAUCAGUACUCCAAAACAGAUUUCACGUUCUGAUGAGCAAACACAUGUAAGUAAGAAAGUGACUAGAAGUCCUAAACCCACUGAUGAGCCAGUUCCUGUUGAACUGACAUACAUUGCUUUGAAGGCUUUGGCUUACGAGUACAGUCGUUCUGAAAAUGCCAUUCUGAGGUCUAUUGGACUGUUCUACCUACAGAAGCCCUGAUGAACCAUCAGAAACAGAAGCUGAAACUUAAUUUUUAAUGCUACUGCUGCUACAAUUAUUUUCAUGCUGUUAUUCUUUCAAAUAAUAGAACACAAUAAUUUUGUUAAAAACGUUACACAAAAUGACUGUAUACAAUAAAAUUCAA